AUGAGGGACGGCGGCUCCUGGCAGACAGCGGCCUCCCCGAAACGCCGGGACAGAAUCCUGGCAACCUGGGCUGCUGGCCCUUGGAAACCGACCGCUUCCCAGCCGGGUGAAAACGCCUCGCAUCCAUCCUCACCACCCUGGGGCGCGCCCCGGUCCCCGUCUCCGCGGCAGGUGCGGCCAGCACGGGCCCGGCCGCCGCCCCGGGCACGCACCUGGCGGGGCCGCAGCCGGCUGGCGGGCGGUCGCUCCCGCCGGAGCUCCUCCUCUCCGCCUCGCUUCGGCCGCGUCUCAGGCGGGGGCUGCCAGCGCCCUCGCCCCCCGCCCGAGCCCAGCGGCGGCCCGGGCCCCGUCAGGCGGCAGGACCGACUGCGCUCCGUAGGUGAGGCGCCGCGGCCCGCGCCCACACCGGAUCCCCUAGUCCCGCACCCACCUCGGCGGGAGAAGGCGCGGCGGGCACGSACCGUCGCUGCCCCACUGCCGACGGCUCUCUCGUCGCCGCCUCCUGCUGCCUCCGCCCGCCCCCCGCCACCGUCUCCACCUCCCCCAGCCGGCGCACAGCCCGCCCCGCCAGGCGCUCCUACCUGCGGGGGGCUGCGGCCCUCCCUUCGCACGGUCCCCGCCCUGCUCGGCGCCUUCCCCGCGGCUGGGGCUGGGCCGGCGCAGCCCCCUUCUCCUCGCGUCGGCGGGGGCAGGGCGGCGGCGGGAGAGGCAGGAGAAGGAGGAGUCGGUGGCCGAGUGUAA